GUGCUCCGCCGCUGCCCGGCGCCUGCUCGCACCACCGGAGCUAUGGUGGUGCCGCCGCUGCUGCGCGCCGUCAUCAUGGGGCCCCCGGGCUCCGGGAAAGGCACCGUCUCCGCUCGGAUUAUCAAACAUUUCGGGAUGAAGCAUCUCUCCAGCGGCGACCUGCUGAGGGACAACAUGCAGAAGAGGACAGGCUUGUGGGCUCUUUUUCGCUUGCUGGAGGUCAGAGAUAGUGUAAUGCGGCUUCUCUUACUUUCACAGAAGUUGGAAUCCUUGCCAAGUCCUACAUUGAUCAAGGGCGGCUUAUUCCAGAUGACAUCAUGACACGGCUAAUGCUGAAUGAGCUAAAAGGUCUAGAUCAGUACAACUGGCUGUUGGAUGGUUUCCCCAGAACGGUUGCUCAGGCAGAAGCCCUGGACAAAGAAUGUCAAAUAGACACUGUGAUUGACCUAGACGUGCCAUUUGAGACCAUAAAAUGUCGGCUCACAGCACGCUGGAUCCACCCUGCCAGUGGCAGAGUCUACAAUCUGGAAUUCAGUCCUCCCAAAGUGCAGGGCAUUGAUGAUAUUACCGGAGAGCCACUUGUUCAGCGUGAUGAUGAUAAGCCAGAGACAGUUACGAAGAGGCUGCAGGCUUACGAUGCACAAACAAAACCUGUUCUUGAAUAUUACCGGGAAAAAGGGUUAUUGAAAUCCUUCUCUGGAACAGAAACCAAUAAGAUCUGGCCACAUAUCUAUGCUUUCCUCCAAACCAAGUUGCCAGAUGUAAACCAGAAAGAUGCUGCCACUACCAGGUGAAAAUAGGUCUAAAUUCUGCUCACACUUGAUUACACGAGAUUCAGCAGUCAAGGAUUUCUCUUAAGUAGCCUACCAGACUGAUCAAUAAUUAAAGUCUAAUGUUGUCCUUAACUUACAUUACGAUAAAACUUUGUUGCGUGUGGUUCUCACUUUAAUGUUGUAUUUAUAUUAAAUAUACCUAAUUUUUAUAAUAUAGUACUUCAACAACUUAUAAUAUAGACUUCAACAAAAGCAGCUGCUCUUGUCUUUUAUUCGUAAAAUAUUUAUGUUUGCAAAUACUGACUGGUGAAGGAAACACAUUUCAGAAUACAGCUUAAUUACAAAGCACAUUUAUUGAUUUACUCACUCAUGAAAUGUAGGGUGAAUCAAUGGUAAGGACAUGAAAGCAUGUUUCUGAAUGCGUGACUAGUUUGGGCCAGCCAGAAACCAUAACCACUAUUCUGCAAAAGGCCAUUUCAGACCAGAACUGGCAUACAUAUAUAGAUCGUUAUCAUGGAAGACAGUCACCUUCUUCUAGCUUUGCUUGCACACGUUACUUGGUUUUGCUGGGCUUAAUUAUGCUUAGCACUUGCUGGAUGAUUGGCCUUAUUGCUAUCUUUAUAUGUCUGCCCUCAGAGCAGCUAUCAGGCAUGAAAAGUGGAGUUUCACUGAUGUGCUACACAUUUGGUAAAGCCUCUGUCUUUGUGCAGCUGUCCAAGACAUUACUAGUAAGAAGACAGAAAAUACUGAACAGAUUAAGUGUAACCUGGUAAACCUGGAGCUAGAUGAUCCUCACACACUUUAUCGUAUUAUUGUAGCAACUUUCAUUGCAGCAAUUGCACUGGUUUUCGUGGUUUCAUACUAAGAAUUCACAUCUCUGUUAUUCACGAGAUAACUGGAAUUACGGAACUCCACAGGCCACACAUUUUAACAGUCCAGGUAACGCAGACAUUGCUAUUUUUCAGUGAACUCUCCUAGCUUUUUUUUAUGCUCACCAGAUUGAGUUUCAAGAAGAGUCAGCAAAACCUGAGGAACAUACAACUCUGUCUGGGCGAUGCCUGAAGUAGCUGUGUACUGCUCAUGCAGGUCCCAAUCUCCUUGUGCAGUGAUUGCUUGGAGACAACUACAAAGCUGUGGUGCUGACGUACCUUGGACUGACUACAUUUGCAAAUCUAGUUUUAGCAUUAUCAACAUUGAGACACAUUUGAGUCUAAAAAAGGUGGUCACUGUAGAAUUCAUAAAGCUUUCUCAUUAGUAUAAGUGCACAAAUUGGCUGCAGCUAUCACUGCAAGCAGUUUUCCUUAUAUUUUAGAGAAGGUUUGCCAAAAGGCUGACCACCUGUACUUUCAUCUUCAAAAAUGUCUAUAUGGAGGCUGUAGACUGAGUUUAAGAUAUCACUUCCUUAGAAAAGUCAUA